AUGGCCUGGAGGAACCACAGCACCAUCACUGAGUUUAUUCUCACCGGGCUGUCCAACAAGCCCCACAUCGAGGCUCUGCUCUUUGUGUUCUUCCUGGGGAUUUACCUCCUGACUGUGACGGGGAACCUGAUGAUGCUGCUGGUAAUCAGGGCUGAUGCCCGCCUCCAUACCCCCAUGUACUUCUUCCUGAGUAACCUGUCCUUCCUAGACCUCUGUUUCUCUUCAGUCACUGAACCCAAGCUACUAAAGGACCUUCUGUCUGAGAAGAAAACAUCAGUAGAGGGCUGCCUGACUCAGGUGUUCUUUGUGUUUUUCAGUGCAGGGACUGAAGCCUUUCUGCUCUCAGUGAUGGCCUAUGACCGUUAUGCUGCCAUCUGCCACCCACUGCUCUAUGACCAGGUGAUGAGCAGCCAGCUCUGUGUGAGGCUGGAGCUGGCCUCAUGGGGCCUGGCCUCUAUCAAUGCAUUUAUCAUUGUGCUUUUGGGUAUUAACCUGGACUUCUGUGAAGCCCAAACUAUACACCACUACACUUGUGAGCUGCCUGCCCUUUUCCCUCUGUCGUGUUCUGAUAUCUCCAUCACUACCAAUAUCCUGCUCUCUUCCAUUUUAUUGCAUGGGCUUGGAACAUUCCUCCCAAUCUUCUUCUCCUACGCUCCUAUUAUCUCCACUAUUCUGAGCAUUAGCUCCACCUCAGGCAGAAACAAGGCCUUCUCCACCUGCUCCUCCCACCUCACUGCAGUGACCCUGUUCUUUGGCUCAGGUUUUCUUUGUUAUCUCAUGCCUCCCUUGGGCUCCUCUUUGGAUUUGCUCAUCUCCUUGCAGUACAGUGUAGUCACGCCCUUGCUGAAUCCCCUCACCUACAGCCUAAAGAACAAAGAGGUGAAGGAAGCUGUGAGAAGGACACCGGGGAAAUAUCUCUAA